AUGUUCUACGAGCCAGGCAAGACAGAACAUGGCCUCCCCCACGACCCGUUCAAGGCCUGUGUCGUGCCCCGGCCCAUCGGCUGGAUCAGCAGCGUCUCGCCCGCGGGCGCCCACAACCUCGCGCCCUAUUCGCAGUUCAACAACCUGACCUUCGACCCACCGUACGUAAUGUUCGCAGCCAACCAGACGCCGUCGAACCGCCGCAAGGACACGGUCGCCAACGUCGAGGCCACGGGGUGCUUCGCCUGGAACCUGGCCACCUGGGACCUGCGCGACGCCGUCAACGUCUCGGCCGAGCAGGUGCCCGCCGACGUCGACGAGUUCGAGCGCGCCGGCCUCGAGAAGGACUUCUCCACCGUGCUGCGGGACCCCCAAGUGCCCAUGGUCAAGAAGAGCCCCGUCCGCUUCGAGUGCGAGUAUUACAGCACCCUGAGGCUGCCCGGGAACCCGCCCAUGGGCACCGUCGAUGUGGUCAUCGGGAAGGUCGUUGCCGUGCACAUCGCCGACGAAGUGCUGACGGAUGGCAUCUUGGACGUGAGGAAGACGCAGCCGAUUGCCCGGUGCGGCUACUAUCAGUACGCCGUCAUAAGAGAGACCUUUGACAUGGUGAUUCCUAGUAGUGGUCAGUGGGGCGAAGAUAUCCUGAGUGGAUUGGAGGGGAGCUCGAGCAAGAAUAAGGAGAUUGGGAAGAGGGGAAAGACAGAGCCUGGAGAAGGCGAGGAGAGAGUAGGUAACAAAGAUAUUUGA